AACACUUCACCUCCCUCACCACAUCCACGGGGGCACCCAAUUCACCUUCUCUUACAUCUAGAAGGCGACUGUUACUAUCUAUCGCUUUGAUUGAGUCGAAGGGAACCUGCUGUAGGUAAAAAAUGGCAGGUAAAUUGACCUUGAAAGUCACCAACAGGUCCCGGAAGGGCCUUAAGGGACUUCCUUCAACCGUUGAGGUGCCCGAAGAUGCCACGGUCAACGACGCGAAGAAGAUCGUCGCGCGCGCCGCCAACGUGUCCGACCACUACCGCAUCGGCAUCUUCGACCCCGUGUCCAAGAAGACCAUCAAGGACAGGAACUCCCUCCUUCGAAGCCACGACGAAGUCAUAAAGCGCGGAGAGCUGCUCGUCAAGGACCUUGGCACCCAAAUCAGCUGGCGCUUCGUCUACGUGAUCGAGUACCUCGGACCCUUGCUCUUCCACCCGCUCUUCCUCAGCCUACGGCACACGCUCUACCCGGCCGCGUACCCGUACCUGGCGCCGUACCUGGCGCCGUACGGCGCGCGCGCCGACCCGAGCCUCUCCUUCGCGCAGCGGGCCGCCUUCGGCAUGGUGAUGGCGCACUUCGCCAAGCGCGAGCUCGAGACCAUGUUCCUGCACAAGUUCUCCGCCGCCACCAUGCCCUUCGCGUACAUCUUCCGCAACUCCGUCUUCUACUGGGCCAUGGCCGGCUUCCUCGGCGCCCUCGAGAUCUACGCCCCCUUCUCGCCCGCCGCCCUCGCCCCCGACGGCCCCAGCCCGCUGACCUACUUCGGGUUCUUCCUCUUCGCGGCCGGCGAGAUCCUCAACUUCGACGUGCAUUGGUAUCUCGCCCACCUGCGUAAGCCGGGCGAGACCGACCGCAAGAUACCCCGCGGCCACGGCUUCAGCAUCGUGACGUGUCCUAACUACAUGUAUGAAAUCAUUGCGUGGAUUGGUAUCAUCAUCGUUACGCGUAGCCCGUCCCUGUUCGCCUUCAUCUGCGUCGGCUCGUACUACAUGUACACCUGGGGCUGGGGCAAGGAGAAGACGUACCGCAAGCAGUUCGGCGACAAGUACAAGAAGAAGCGCUGCGUCAUGCUGCCGGGUCUGCUAUAAAAGCUUGUUAAGCUUUGCGGCAUUUUGACGAUACGACUAAUGUAGAGAUGGAUGUCCGCGUUCUGCCUUCAAUGUCCUUGCCUAGGUAUAUUUCUAGACGAAAGCAAAGGGGGGGCAUCGCAGGGCCAGAGACACGAGAAUAAUUAGAAGCGAAAGGAGUUCGGCAAGAUGUAGAAACGGAGCUGUAUCGAGCUAAUACCGAACUAAUCUAAUGAGUCCUAG